AUGCUUGAGACUGCUUAUUUCAACACACCCAACAUACCAUUUGAGAUGCGAUACCCGCAAGCACUUAGAAUGGCAUUGAAAUUGUCUUUGCCCUGUAAAAUACACACACGCUCACUCAGCGCUAGCGUAAUUCCUGAGAAAUUCACACUGCGCCCGUAUCAAGAAGCAGCCAUUGCAUCUGUAAUGGACGCGCUAAACAGGCCAAAGCAUCCCAAAAGCAGGCUAGGCGUAUCCUCUCCCACUGGAUCAGGCAAGACUAGAAUGUUUGUCGAGCUGGCGAGAAGACUGAGUGAGAGUAAGCCCGGCAAGGUGCUCGUCAUCGUCAACGGCAUCGAAUUGGCCAGUCAGGCCUACGACGCGUUCGUUUCAGGCUGGCCUUCUGCAAGCGUCGAAAUGGACCAAAGUGCCAGCGUUGCGACGGGCGAUGCUGACGUCACCAUUGCUACAUUCCAGACGCUCAUCAGACCAGGGAGAAUGUCCAAGUAUGACCCAGCGGAUUUCAAGUUGCUACUCGUUGACGAGGCUCACCACGCAGCUGCACGCUCGUAUGUUGAUAUACUCGCACAUUUCGAUCCAAGUAUACACGGUGAGCAGGAUUCGGUUACUGGAUCUAAGGUUCCAAUUGUUGGAUUUUCCGCUACAUUCUCUAGACAUGACAGUCUUGCACUUGGCAAGGUAUUUGAAGAGAUUGUGUUUCAUAAGGACUUCCUAGAUAUGAUUAAAGAGCGCUGGCUGUCGAAUGUCACCUUCACUACCGUCAAAACAGACAUUGAUCUCUCUCAAGUCAAAAUAUCGGAGCGAACAAACGAUUACACUGUCACUUCACUAUCACCGAUACUCAAUACUCCCUCUGUGAGGAGAGUAGUGCUCGCUGCAUACCUCGACAAGUGCUCUGACCGUCGAUCGACGUUGAUUUUUUGUGCUGAUCUCAAACACGUCCACAACCUUACUGCUGAUUUUCGCGACGCUGGAAUAGACGCUCGCUUCAUACACUCCGGUACACCUCCCAAAGAACGGGUGAAAAUCUUGAGGGACUUCAAAGAAUACAGAUAUCCAGUUCUCCUCAAUUGCGCUGUUCUCACUGAGGGUGCAGAUAUACCCAACAUUGACUGCAUUUUGUUGUGUAGACCGACACGCUCAAGAAAUUUGUUUAGUCAGAUGAUAGGUAGGGGUAUGAGAGUCGCGCAAGGUAAAACAGAGUGUAAAAUACUCGAUGUGGCCGCAUCUUUGGACAAAGUCGGUGAUAUAAGCGCUGCGCCUUCACUUGAAGGUCUGGAUAUGACUGAGUUUGACCGUGUCGAUUCUAAGGCAGUCGAAGGUGAUGUGAAAAACGAUCUCUCCGAACAUCCUCUCUUCAAGGAGGAGAACGAGCAGAACAUAGUACCACAUGCGGACUAUAUCACUUUCACCGACUUCGACGAUCCGCGUGCGCUUUUUGAGUCGCUCAAAAACAAGCACUCGGAUAAUGUGUACAAUCAGUCCCAAAACGCCUGGGUGGAUUGCCGGGGUGGUUUUUAUGUCCUCAGUUGUCAGCAGGCGGGAGAUUUGCGCAUCGAGCACACAGGCGAGGGAAAGUACACGGCGUCGCACAAGCCAACAAAUGUACCACUCCAAGAUGCCAAAAGAGUAGGUUUGGCGCCGUUCAGAAGACCAAUCACACUGGUGCACGACGUCGACUUCAAGCUGGCUAUUAGAGCGAGCGAUAAGCUAGCGACUGAGAAGCUGAUGCGCGGGAAAGCAGCGCUUAUACGUCGAGACGCACCGUGGAGAAGGGCACCGGCAACUAAGUCGCAGCUGGAUGCUCUCACGAAGCGCUUGAAAGGCGGUUUCAAUACAGACUUGCUGAAGGGUGAAGCAGCGGAUAUGAUAACGAAGUUGAUGAAUGGGUACAAGAAGCGUGCUGAAAAACAACAGAAGCAGGCUUUGAAAGAGGUCAAGAUUUCAGAAAAGAAACGCAGGCAUUCCGUGCAAGUUGGACCUCUGGUUUAG